ACUCGCGGCGCCCAGGAGGACCGGCAGCUCGCGGCUCUCUCCAGCCCAUCAGUCCGCACACGACAAGAGUAGAGAUGGUUCACAGGGGCAGAAUGCACCAGAAUCCUUGAAGAUAAUCUGAAGGCCUUGGGCGAUACCUAAACUCUUUGGAUAUUUGCUCGUACACCAGGUGCCAUGUCUGGUCUAAAAGCUGAAGUAACGCUGCUGAGGUGUGCAUUCCUCUUUCUCUACGCGAGUGUCUGCUUGUGCCAGCGCGACUGCACCGGCACGGACUGUCCGCAGCUGGACAACUGCAUCGAAGAAGUGCUGGAGAGUGGCGGCUGUUGCGCCUCGUGCCUGCAAAAGGGUUGCACGUGCGAGGGUUACCAGUACUACGAUUGCAUCAACGCUGGAUUCAAGAACGGCAAGGUGGCCGAGGGGGAGUCGUACUUCGUAGACUACGGCAGCACGGAGUGCUCCUGCCCCGCGGGAGGGGGCCGGAUCAGCUGCCACUUCAUCAGCUGCCCCGAUAUGCCGCCGAACUGCAUCGAGGUUUUAGAGCCGGCGGAUGGUUGCAUGCAGUGCGAGCGCGUCGGGUGCGUCGAUGGCGAGCAAAAGUACGAUGCCGGGCACUCCUUCCACAUUGACCCCUGCCGGGUCUGCCAUUGCCCCAACAAAGGAGGGAAGCUAAUGUGCUACCCUGUCCCAGACUGUGACCCGCACCAGGUCCAUAAACCAAUGUUAGCUGCACCAACAGGCGAAGACACAACCAGCAGGCGCAACAGUUACCCCUACAGGUUUGACCUAUUGGAUCAAUUCACCCCACCGCAACACCUUCCUCCCAAUGGUAAUCUUUCUCUCUUCAAACCAUCGCCUUUGGAUAAGGACGAGCCAGAAGAGUAUGAUUACGGUCCAGCAGACUUCCCAGAGACCUUCCCUCAAUCUCUAGUCUUCCCCACACAGUCCUCCCCCUCCAACAAGGUCAUCUCUGUGUCCCGAGGCUCUGACGGACCCGACCGAACCUCUGCCCGUCAGAGCUUCGACAGACAUAGCAAGCUGGAGCUAAGAGAGCGACACGGAGUUCGUGUCCAUCCUGCAGACAGGCAGGAAGUGACAGAAAGCCCCCUGAGAGCAGAGCAGAGUACCAUCAGGCCACAUGUGCACAAGGACGCCACUAUUUCUUGGCAGCCCUCGCAGGGCCCAACAAGAGGACAAAGUGCCUCGUUCAGGGAUCUGACAACCCAGACCGAUUUGGAGAAUCCAUCGCAUGCACUCAAGAGUUCAGAUAGUGUCAUAUUUCCACUGAACCGAGGAUCAGGGAGUGAAAAACAUCCAGAGUAUCCACAUACAAGUCCAGAGAGCGUAGUUCAUCAUCAGAGAAGCUCUGAGACAAAGACACACCACCAAAAUGCAUCAGAUAGUUCAAAGAGUCGGAUCAACGUUAGUCAUCCAGUGAGACAUAUGGACAGUCAAACCAAUCAGCAGAGACGAUCAGAUACAGUGAAUUUUCCGCUGUACAUGCCAAAAAGCCCAGAGGGCCCAAUUUAUCCCCAGGCAAGUUCAAACGGUCAAAAAGAUUUACAGGGGACGGUCGCAGCGUACAGUGAGGACGUGAUGGAGGCAGAAGUGAUGGAAGAGGAGGAGGAAGAUAUAGUAACAUUUCAUGGCGUCACUGGGCCCGAAGCAAGGGAUGUCUUCUACAAGACAAAGUCAGCACAACAGGAGAGAAGCCAUGCGGAGAUGGAGAGCAGCAGUCCAACCAUCAGCAUCCAAAAGUCCACACCCGAGCCCAGCACCAGUUCCUCCAGCAGGCCGGAGUACCUCACAACCCCCAUGGUCCACUACGUCACCACUUCCCAGCCGCCAGCGAGGGUCAAGCUGAAUGAGAGCGAGCGCAGCAGAAAGCCAGUUCAGAGGCUGUUUAACCUUCACAGUGAAGACCAGGAGGAGGUGACGGAGACAGAGGAGGCGAGGAAUGGCCGACCUGUCUUGCUUGUCAAACCUGAUGGAGGUCCAGGUGCCUCUGCUGAAGACCUGCUCCAGAGCUGCUGCGCUGCUGGCCAGAAAUGGGCCACAGACAACCACCACUGCAACCACAUGCCACUGCUGAACAAUGACAGGCACUCCAUAUGUAGUGUUGCUUGGAGGCAGUGCUGCCUUAGCUCCGUAAAGGAGAGCCAGUGUGAAUCAGGCUUGACUUCAGCCAGAGGAGGCGACACCUGUGAAGUGGAGAAGGAGGACCAGUGCACAGAUGACUCCUACCAGGUGUGCUGCAGCUGCUGUGCCCUCGGCUUGCGCGUGCGCAGUGAAGGAAGGGGCUGCGAUGCCCACCAGUACCUGGGCUACCCGUGCGGGCACGUCUUCCUCACCUGCUGCGAGAAGGAGGAGGGUCCGAGCCAGAUCCCGCUGAGGAGGAAGCAGAAGCCCAGGCCGACGUCUAUACCUAGAAAAGUCUCGGACAGCAAGUUCCCCAAGGAGGCCUUCUCCAUCGGCGCCACGGAUGAAGCCGCCAACGCUGUGGAAGAGCAGGAGGACGUGGACGAGUGUCGGCUCUACCCGGGCCAGCUGUGCCAGCACACGUGCACCAACAGCUGGGGCUCCUACCGCUGUGGCUGCAACCGGGGCUACGUUCUGCAGCGGGAUGGACACUCCUGUGCACCAGUGAGUCCCGACGAGGACAACGGAGUCCCAGAGUACGGUCCCGCUGUGGUCCCGACACAAGUCGCCGCAUCUGGUGCGACCACGCCCGCCCGUCCCCGCCUCCACCCAUGUGCAGAAAACGGUCCCUGCAGUCAGCAGUGCACGGCGGAGGCAGGCCGGGCCCUCUGCUCCUGCUUCCCGGGGUUCUUGCUGAAGACGGACGGACGCACGUGUGAAGACGUGGACGAGUGUGCGACCAGCACCCACGGUUGCCAGCCCGGCAAGCGCUGCGUGAACAUGGUGGGCUCAUUUGUAUGCGAGCCGCGGGUCGCCUGUCCUGCUGGCUACCACCUGAGGAACGGCGCUUGUGAGGACGCUGAUGAAUGUGCUCUGCGGACCCAUAACUGCGGUGCAGGCUUUGCGUGUGAGAACACCGCGGGCUCUUUCCUCUGUAAACCCAAACACAAGUGCAUCAGCGGCUUCACACAGGACUCCCAUGGCAACUGUGUCGACAUAAAUGAGUGCAGCAGCCUGAGUGAGCCGUGCAGCUCAGGCUUUAACUGUAUCAACACAGUGGGCUCCUACACGUGCCAGCAGAAGAUCAUAAUGUGCAGCCAUGGCUACCACGUCAGCCCCGAUGGAGCCAAGUGUGUCGACAUUGAUGAGUGUCAGAUGGGGACACACCGCUGCGGAGUGGGCCAAAUCUGUCACAACCUCCCUGGCAGCUACCGCUGUGACUGUCAGACGGGCUACCAGUAUGACGCCCUGCGCAAAGUCUGCACAGAUGUAAAUGAGUGCUGGCGCUACCACGGCAGGCUGUGCGCCCAGACCUGUGAAAACACCCCGGGCUCCUACCACUGCUCAUGCACAGCCGGCUUCUCCCUGGCAUUUGAUGGCAAGAACUGUGAAGAUGUAAACGAGUGUGACCAAAACCCCUGUGGCCAGGAGUGUGCCAACAUCUACAGCUCAUACCAAUGCUACUGUCGCCAAGGCUACUACCUGAAAGAGGACGGACACGCCUGUGAAGACAUCGACGAGUGCUCCCAGAGCAUCGGGAACCUUUGUACCUUCCAGUGUGUUAACGUUGCUGGCAGCUACCAGUGCGCCUGUCCUCCUCAUGGAUAUGUCUUGUCCGCCAAUGGACGCACCUGCAAAGAUGUCGAUGAAUGCACAACUGGAACCCACAACUGUUCAUUGGGACAGACCUGCUAUAACCUCCAGGGAGGCUUCAGAUGUCUCUCCUUUGACUGCCCUCACAACUACAAGAAGGUGUCGGACACCCGCUGCGAGCGGACCAGCUGUCCCAGUAACUCCUUAGACUGUCAGAAGUCCCCUGUCCGCAUCACGUACUACCAGCUCGGCUUCCAGACCAACAUCAUCAUCCCCGCCCAGAUCUUCCGAAUCGGACCGUCCCCCGCUUACUCCGGCGACCACAUCGUCAUCGGCGUCGUCAAAGGCAACGAGGAGGGCUACUUCAGCACCCGGAAGCUGAACAGCUUCACGGGCGCCGUCUACCUGCAGAGACAAGUCCGCGAGGCCAAAGACUUCCUGAUCGAUGUGGAGAUGAAGCUGCUGAGGCAGGGGACAUUCACCUCGUUCCUCGCCAGGAUCUACGUCUUCAUCAUGUCUAGCGCUGUGUAAAACCACAGAGACACAGACAGACUGGAAACCUCAUAUGGUGCUCAUGUUUUACAUGUGCCGACUCUUUUUGUAAUGCUUCCUGACAAUCAAGAGUAUUCAAUCUUGUCGAUUGUUGCCAAAGACCUUACUGUGUGCUUGUCUUUAGAAGGUUAUCUUGAGAUCUUCAGAUUUUCUUUGGCAGUCAUAUUUCCCUGAGAAUCCUUUUAUUUGUAUUUACCAAAGUGUUUUUCAGUUUGACUCUUGCUGGUGUAAUUUAGCGUUAAUGCACCACCAUUGUUAGCGUCUACUCAGGCUGUUGGUGCUUACGGACGGUGGCACGGUGCUGCACAGGUCACUGCACACGUCUGGGUUAGUGUUUAAGUGCGCUGUCGACUCUCUUUAAGAGUUGCUCUUUAACCUCCCUAUGCAAAUGUUCAUUGUCAUGAGAGUUAUUCAUGAAAGUCUGAAGAAAGUAAUAAAGCUUUGCAGCACUAGAAGUUAACGGCACUUGUCCACUGCGGAGGCUCAGAAAUUACGUUUGUAAAUUAUGUUUCCCCUGUUCAUUCAAUUGGUAAGAAAAAGCUAAAUGCUUUUUAGUUUCAUAAUUUUACCACUAAUCACUUGAUAGAAUGAAUUAAAACCUAUUUUGUUAUUUUUUCAUUAGAUAAUUCACUAGCUAUAAAAUGUGAUCAUUUAUCAUUUUUUAUAUUUUCCUCACAAAAUAUCCUUCUUUCCUCAUGCUUAUAUGAAAUGGCCUUGCCAAGGAUUGAUCCAGUGUGUGUGUGUGCGUGCGUGCGUGCGUGCGUGCGUGUGCGUGAUUUGAUUUAUUUUACCAACUGAUUGGUGUUCUAUUUCUUUUUUCAAAACAUGUAAAUGAAUCAACAAACCGUAUCAUUGAUUGAUGUAUUCAGUUAUAUCUUUGAUUCUUUGGUCACUGUUGGGCCUCCGUAGUCACGGCCCAAAUGUGUUGAUGUCGUUAUAAAAAAAGUAGCACAUGCUUCAAAUAGUGUUUGAUCAGCAUUUGGUGUAUAUUAUUUUGUUUAAAGAUGUAAUCUGGAUGAGAUGGAAAGGUAAUUCAGUGCGAUCCACAUUAGAAACCACCAUAAACCAGCACUGAGAAUAUUAAUGUAGCGGAACUGUUGAUGAUUUUAUUGUUAGGUGUCAUAUUCUUUUCAUUUAUUACUGGAUGUAUCUCUCUGCGUUACUGUGUUAUGAUUAUCUCAGGGUUAAAAUCAUGCAGUAGUGUAGACACUUAUCUGUGCAGCCAGUAGGAACUCUUCCUGCUGGUGUAGCUCCAGACUGACCUUGACAUUGUUAUCUAUAAACCAAUCAAUAAAUGAUGAUCAAACUGUUAAC